ACACUGUCAAAUUCUGAACAUACACACUUUGAAUUACGAGUUUUGAAAUUUUUAUAAAUCCUAUUAUUCUUGUAUAAUUUUAUAAAAACCUUGGAAAAUGCAAUGACUUGUGACAAGUACAAUUCAUAUCGUAAAGAAAAAUUUUCAGAACAAACACCGUUUGAGGAUUUCUAUUCUUUUGGCACUGUGCGUGAUUUAGAGCAUAAAAUAAUAAAAAACAAAGAAGAGAUUUUUCGAUGUCGUACUGUUGGUAUAAUGCAAAGUUUAAAUGGUCAUUUCUAUUUGAGCGAUAUAGACACCAAUUCUAAUGCUGAUGCUCCAAAACUGCUCCUAAAUAUAGCAUAUCUUCGGAGUAGUAUGCCAUCCAGUGUAAUACCAAAUGGAGUUCAAAUUUUUGGAACAAUGAAAUGGCAGGAGAAGCCAGUAUUAGUUGCUAGAAUAAUGCAGGUCCUAAGUCCUCCAAUGGUUGUACGCUUAAAAAAUGCCAUUAGUGGCAUUACCAACACACACUUGGCCAUCCCUAUGAAAGAAUAUGAAGAUGAUAUACAAUGUUGAUUAGUCUGUCUUGUUGAGAUGGAGUGGACGUGAUAUUUGAAUUUAUUUUAGUUUAAAUCAUGUUUAAAUAUUAAUUUGUAAUAGUGUCCACUGAAUAAAAUAAGUAUAGCUAGGAAUAAA